AGUUCGGACACGUUUUUCCUAUCACUACACUACCGCUACCGAAAGAGUUUACCUACUAUUCGCAUAUAUCGUGGGAAAAGUCUGUUGUUGUUUCUCAGGCAUCCGUCCCACACAAAGUGUUGCGUAGACGCGUGUAAUAUUCUUCGAGUUGAACCGAGCGCGCGAGGCCAGCUUGUGACGUAAUUAAGGUGUACCGAAGUUUUGCUAUCCAGAGGAAUACUGGUGCUCAAGGGAUUCGAGUGCAUUCAUUUCUAAAGGUUUUUUGGUGAAUUUUUCGCGCGAAAGUUAUUUACGAAAAUAACUUGUUCCUGAAGUGUAACUUCUGGCUUAAAGAGCAAGUGUUUGACGGAAACUUACGAAGAGCUAAAGUGACCAGCUAUUAUUAUUGAGACAAAGUGCUUACAACAGCUGCCCACGUAAAUUUGACGAAAACAAAGCCUAAUAGCAAGUUAACGGGAUCAGCUUUUGUUUCGGGUGGCGAAUUCGUGUCUGCAUCGUGCCAGUUGUAUAUAGUUGAGCAAUAAGAAAGAGAUGACCAAAUACGGAGUCCUUGUUGUCAUUUCUGCGAUCUUCGUGGUCGCUUCGAUUCAGCAAGCAAACGCUCUAAAAUGCUGGCGAUGCUCAUCGGAUGCAUCGACGGCGGCCUUCUGUGACGAUCCGUUCAGCCAGGAUAUCAUUACCGAGCAGCAGCGUCGCUGGAGCUAUGUCGAUUGCAGUCAACCACUGGGAACUGGAUCCUAUCCGUUCAACCAGCAGCUUUCGCAGACCCGCGCGGUGUGCAAGAAAAUGAAGCAGUACAUUAAUGACCGCGUGGUGGUUUCCCGUUCCUGUGCCUGGGAAGACGUGAACGCGCCGCCGAAUAGUUGCAUCAACGCCCAAACUCCGUCAUACAUCAGAACCGAAUUCUGCGAAACCUGCCCGACCGAUGGGUGCAACGGUGCCGCUCAGUACGGUCCCGCACUUCUGAUGGUAGCACUGACAGCUCUGGUAGCUAAGCUGCUUGCCUGGUAAUUUAAAGCAGAAACUAUUACGUCGAUAGCACCGUCCCUUUCUUCCUUACCGAUUAGCUUUAUAAUGUAAUAACGAUGUAAUGAUAUUGUAAAUGAUGUUAAGAUCCGACCAUGAAAACAAUACCGCGAAUUAUUUUCAUUCGAUUACCAGAGUUGCCUUACAACACCUCGAGAGAAUAGUAUUUAUUACAAAGGUAUAAAAUAUUGUCUACAAACCGAUCCCCUUUACCAAAUAAAUCUGUACAACAAAUUUCAGAACAAUCGAGUGUUACAAUUUUUACCAAGCAUAGCUAAUUCGAAGAUAUUUUACUUUCAUGAAUGACAUACAUAUUACAUAGUACACUUUUAAUUAAGCUGCAAAUGUACAAAUAUUAUUACAUCACAUGAUUUCAUGAAUUUCAACAUUAGUCGCCUGCACGAUAAUAGUUUGGUAGAGCAAGUCAGAAUCUCUUGUUGUAUUUUGUUCUCUAACGUUCAAACUGAAUCCGUGAAAUUUAUUCAAAAAAUAAAAAUACAAUGUAAAGACAAACAUAUUUAUCUCGAUUUUACUAAAUCUUUAAAUUCGGUGGAUACGUAGAGUAAGAGUUUUCCAUGUACAUAAUAACAACU